AUGGAAAUCCUUUAAAAGAACAGCUAAAGUUUUAAUCAGAACUAAUCCUUUUUACUGAAACAAAAAGAGAAAGAUAAAUAGUUUUCUUCUCAGUACUUGAUUUUUCAAGGCCUGCUCUAAUUUAUUUUAGAAAAUUAAAAGUUCUUCCUCAAAAAGGCUCUCUACAUUAUACAGCUGUACUUUAGAUGCUAACAUGAAUAUCACUUAAUAUUUGUGGAUCUUUUAAGAUUGUAUCUUAAAAUUUUGAACCAAGUUACAGUCAAGUUCUGUUUACUAGGCAUUAACUACCCUAUCAAUAGAAAGGAUAUAAAAAUAUAUUUCAAGCAAUAUGGCUAAGUAGAGCAUUAUUUUCAAAGAUCAGAUAAGAAUUAUGGGUUUUUAAUUAUGAAAUUUGACAAUCAGAUUUGGGCUGAUAAGAUUAGAGAUCUACUUUUGGCUAAAAAUUUUGCAAUCAAUCCUUAUAUUGCUGGCCACAAGAUCAAGAAUUAGAUCUUUACUGUCAAAAUGUUGUAUGAAUUUAUCAGUCAUAGGCCAUGCAGCUAGCAAUAGAUGUAAUAUCUCAUACCAUACUCUGCCUCGAAUGAUUUCAAAGUUUACAUUUCAAACAUUGAUUUUUAGAUGGCAGAGUCUUUCCUAAGAGAUAGAAUGAGCAUCUUUGGAAAAGUGAUUAAUUUGUAGAUUUUCAGGUACAGAUAGAAUUACUAUCAGACUCUGAAUGCCGUAGUACUCUUUGAUUCAGUAAAAUCAGCUCAGCUAGUUCUAAAUUUCCCUAUUCCUGUAUUUUUAUAUGGCAGAUAAUUGAUAUUCAAUAAAUUCAUAGGAAGAGAUAGAUCAAAUAUUCAAUUAAACAUCAUCAACAACUAAAAAGGAUCACUAAAUGGAAGGAAAAAGAAAAUAGAAAGCAUUGCUAAUAUGUUCAAUUCAUCUUCAGAGGAUUCUAUUGCUUCUUAUCAUGAUUAAUAUGAGAGUUAAAAUAGGUUUGAUAUGGAUUUAUAAGAAAAUAAACUGGUUGAAAUAUUUUAGCAAGGUUAAGAAGUAAUCUCUAGCAUCUGCUCUGAGAACUCCUCUAUUCACUACAUUUCAUCGCCUAAUUAUUAGUGA